AUGGCGAGCUUUGCUGCAGCGGUUCAAAAUAUCACGCAGAAUGGCAAUGAGCCGACCCUCGAGGUCCGAGCGGGGUAUAUGGGGCUCUGCGCACUGCUUGAUGGCGGGGAAUGGAUUUGCUCGACGAGUGCGAAAAGCUUAGCAAAUACCAUAAAACUGUCGAGCAGCUUGGUAAAUGGUACUCGUGACCCGCUGAAUCUGAUUUAUAUCGCCAAUGCCUUCAAGGAGGAUAUUGUGUUUGAUGGGCUGCUGUUCAUCGUCAUAUUCGCAGCUGUUCUUGCUUCUAUACUGCUUAGCACAUUUCCUGGAUGGCACGAAGAGAUAGACGAUGGUGAAUCAGAAGUUGAAGUCAAGCCAUUUCCUGCUCGCAAAGUAACACAUGCAGUUCUGAUCACGUCUGGCGUUGGGCUGUCAUUUGCCUUUGUGUCUGUACUCUGGCAGCAUAUAAAUAGCGCCGCAGCGGCAUCUAUGGCGGAAAAAAUGAGCUAUGGUCAAAUAACUGGUCAUGUGGGCUCCGCGGCGAUGACAUUUGGAUGGGCUGGUGUUGCGCUUAUAAGUAUAGUAGUGAUUGGGAUUCUGGUAAUGAUUAUGAGUCUUGCUAUGAUUCGGCAACUGACUGAUGAUGAAUAA